UCGCGGCACUCCCGCCCUCCCUCCCGAGACACGAGCCGAACUGGGCGUCAGGUCGGGGAGCCGGUCGGGUUCCCGCUCGCCGCCGCCACCGCCUCCCGCAGAGCCUCUCCCGCCUCUCCACCGCGCCGGCCGCGAGAGCUGCAUCGCUCACUCUGCUCGGCUGUAGAGCCGCCAGGUCCGGAGCACCGAGCGCCACACGCGACCAACCGAGUCCCUCGUCACCUCACGCUGAGGCGACCCCUCCCGGGUCCGCCCUCGCCCCGCGCGGCCGCCGAAGCCCCGGUCCGGAGGGGCCCCGCGCCCCAUCCCGGCCCCUGUACUCCCGCAGCCUCCGUCCUCCGCCCGAACAUGGACUCCGACUCCUGCGCCGCCGCCUUCCACCCGGAGGAGUACUCCCCCAGCUACAAGAGGCGCAGGACAGUGGAGGACUUCAACAAGUUCUGCACCUUCGUCCUGGCCUAUGCUGGCUACAUUCCGUACCCGAAGGAGGAACUUCCUCUGAGGAGCAGCCCCAGUCCUGCCAACAGCACCGCUGGCACCAUCGAUAGCGACGGCUGGGACGCGGGCUACACCGAUAUCGCGUCCUCCGUGCCCCUGCCAGUAUCUGACCGGUGCUUUAGCCAUCUGCAGCCCACUCUCCUGCAGCGUGCGAAGCCCAGCAAUUUCCUGCUGGACAGAAAGAAGCUAGAUAAGCUGAAGAAGAAGAAGAAGAGGAAGCGCAGGGACAGCGAUGCGGCAGCGAAGGAGGGCUACAGAGGGGGCUUGCUGAAGCUGGAGGCUGCAGAUCCCUACUCGGAGACCCCCACAAGCCCCGCCCUGCAGGAUCUGCCCCAGGCCCCCGGCGACCCCUGCUCGGGCUGGGACUCCGACACUCCCUCGAGUGGCUCUUGUGCUACCACCGUGUCACCCGAUCAGGUCAAAGAGAUAAAAACUGAAGGCAAACGGACUAUCGUCCGGCAGGGCAAGCAGGUGGUGUUCCGGGAUGAGGACAGCACCGGCAACGACGAGGACAUCAUGGUGGACUCAGAUGACGAUUCCUGGGACCUAGUGACCUGCUUCUGCAUGAAGCCAUUUGCAGGCCGCCCCAUGAUAGAGUGUAAUGAGUGCCACACCUGGAUUCACCUGUCCUGUGCGAAGAUCCGAAAGUCCAAUGUUCCGGAAGUGUUUGUCUGCCAGAAGUGCCGGGACUCCAAGUUUGACAUCCGCCGCUCCAACCGCUCCCGCAUGGGCUCCCGGAAGCUGUUUCUGGACUGACUGCGGGUGGCGGGAGACGCCGGGCAGGGGGACGAAAGGGGCGGGCUCUGUGGCCCUCCCUCAGUUAGCACAGAACUCCUAGCUCGGUGUGGGCAGAUCUCUCAUUCAGGUGCCUAAGCAGAGGACAGGCUGUCCCAGGUAGAAACUGUAUAUAGCCAGCGAGCGGAAAGCCUUCGUCAGCCCAGGCUGCUGCCAGAGUUGUGUUCCUGGCAGCAGCGGCAGUGGACCAAACACCCAAGCGCAGUGGCCUGGUUUAGCCGAAGGUGAGGGUGUGUGGUCCUGAAAGUUUCCCUGUCAUUGUUAGCAAUUCCCACUGUUUGGAAGAGUGCCAGCUGUUACUCCUGCUUCUGCGGUGCUGGGGAGAGGAGCGGCUUGGUGUCCCCAGCCUGCAGAUGAACAGCCAUAUGUGUGUCUGUUUCCUGCGUGUCAGUCUCACCUAAGUGUCUGUGCAGCCGCCGUCGAAGUCGCCCCUUGCUUUCUUUGUGGUCCACUAUCUGCCUGUCUUGGCCACACCUGUGGAGCCCAGGAGCUGCUGUGGGGUUGGGGUGGCGGGUGAGCUGGUGUGAAUCUUUAGUUUCCCCUGUUAGUUAAAAGGGACAGUGUGUGGCCACCUCUCUGUGGUUGGUUGGAGGUCAAGGUGGCCUGUGUUCAUAACUCAGUUUCCCGUUUUGCACGAUGUAUAAACCUGUCUUUUUGCACGACACAGCCAAAGCAUUGGCCGAUCCCUUGCUGGGUGCCCUUUCUCUAGUUGGUGUUCAAGGUCCUAGGGGCCCAGAUGAGCGUCUCUUCUCUCACCCAGUCCGGUAGCACACGUAGCAUUCCUUAGGAAGUGGGUGGUGGCCUGCAGUAACCAGUGGAACAUUCAUGAGCUGGCCUGCUGCUCCAUGGCCAAGGUUAGGACUGCAGUCCUGCUCUUGGUGGGGAUCGGUGGGAAUGGGUGUGAGUGGGUGGCUGGAGCUGUCACUUAGGCCUUCAGGGUUGCUCCGGAGGCCCCCAGGCCAGCUGUGGAGGAUGUGGACUGCAGGGCAGCCCUGCAGUGCACCCAGGGGCGGUGGUUCUGGAGCAGGGCAGAGAGGGAGGGGUCGGCUUUCUCUGGGUUGGCAGUGCGAGCCAGCGGCUCACAGGUUCUUAAGGCUGCCGCAGAGAGGUGGGUGAGUGUGCCCAGCGGUUUUUCUGGGGUGUGGAAAGGCGGCGUGCUCAGGUUAGCGUUUCCUUAUUCAUAGCCAGGUGGGGUCUGCGCUCUGUGUGGCUCCUUUGUGCGCAGGCGCCAGCCGUUCUCCCCUCUGCAGCACCAACGGGCUGAGCUGUCAUUGGUCUUACCAGAGAGCCCGGUUUUUUGUCCUGGUGUCCUGGACACUUGUCCAGUCUCCUUAGUUUUUAAAAAUCUUGUUUAAAGUAUGAAAGUGGAGAUGGCUUCUGAGACUCAGCUUAUGGUGACGGUCCUGAAGGAGAAUUCCGCUGUGGAGAAAAGCAGCUGGCUUAGAGACAUCCUUGUCCCGGGGCUGUGGCUGGCCUUUGCCUGGGGCAGACAGCAGGGCAGGUCGGGGAGGAGUUUGCCAAAGAUCUGCCCGCUACAAUACCUUUCCAGUCUGCACCGUGAGAAAAACCAAAGUUGCAAAGUGCGUUUCUUCCUUUUUAGAAUUCCACGAGAUUUUAAAAGUGUUUAAGAAUUCACGCGAUUUUUAGAGCGGAACUGCCGACCCUGGUGAUUGUUCUGUGCCCUGGAAGGUUUUAAGCUGCCUCUGGAACACGUCCGAUACUCAUCUCAAUCUCUGUCCCUUGAGUUGGUUUUGUUCUUUCACACAUCUGUUCCCGGGAGUGUUCGGUGUGCCAGGCACCUCGGUUUCGGGUUGGAUUGAGCUGGGCGGAGGCCAUCAGCUUCUUUAUGCAAAUUAGGCAUGACCCAUGGUCUAGGGGCUGCUGGUUGGCGGCGGAGGGAGGGAGGCCGUCACCCUGAGUUAGCCCCUCCUAUUGGCUUCAGCCAGGCUGGACACUCGCCAUCGUUUACAUGGUUCUGUGUAAUUAUAAAGUUUAUGUGUAUAAAGCGAGGUGUUUCUGUGAAACUGUAUAUUUUGUAAAUAAAGAUAUUGCUACUUUGA